UGCGAAGAAGUUCUGCCCAGCGAAGAAGGUGCCCAAUGUGUAGAGUUCUUGAGCAAGAAAUACGACGACUUCCAUCUCUUUAGCGGCAUGGCCAAAGACGAACUCCAGCGACUAAGCACCAAACUCGAAGAGCUGAAAGCCAAGGUAGAUAUUAUUGGAAAUGCUAUUGACGAAAUUCAAGAACAUAGUUUCCAGUAUAAUGUAAAAAUUGUGGGAGUGCCUGAGAGGCUGCAAGAUGAAUCCGCAGCCUCGAUAAGCAAGCUUUGCCUAAACAUUUUUAAAGAAACGGGAGCUGAUCUAUCGAUGUAUGACAUCGACACCGCCCAUCGUGUUCCCAGCAGGAAUAACAAUGGAAAGCCAAAGCCGAUAGUUUGUAGAUUUGUCAGGCGUUUAGCCAAAGAAAGCGUCAUGAAUCAUCGUAAAGAUGCAUGCAAAUUGGACCCGGCUUCCGUUGGACUCCCUGAGGAUGCCUCGUUAAGCGCGGUUAGAAUUUUUGAUCAUUUGUCACCCCGAAUGCAAACAGUCCUGUUCGAGGCGAAGAAGUUUAAAGAACAGCAUUAUUACCAGUACUGUUGGUCAAAGGGCUCCUUUGUUUAUUUACGGAAAGAUGCUACGUCUCGAGCUAUCAAGAUCAAGAAUAUUGGUGAUUUGCUCAACCUGGAAAACGGAGACCAAAGCUAAGUAUAUAUCUUGUAAUAACAACUCUCAAUGGUAGUCCUAAGUGACAGAUAUGUUUGCCGAGCAAACAAAUCUUUAUUAAAAAACCUUCCGUUCUCAAAUGUUGAUAUCAUCCGAACGCAUGGUCAGUUCAAUAAUAGCCUGAACAGUAACUUGCCAACGAAAAAGUACUUAGAUAAGCUCCGUAGCCUCCAUGAAUUAGAUAUUUUUAGUUUGAAUACUCAAAGUAGUGUCAAUCCUGAUAGCAACCUAAAUAAUCAACAAAUUCGAAGCCGAUAUUUCUCACCACAUAGCUUUUGCAAGUUUAAAAACGAUCUCAUGCGAGAUGAAAACAAAACAUCUUUCUCAAUUCUACAUAAUAAUGUACGAA